CCCUUUCCGCCUUUCUCGCUUGUCACUGGCCUUUUUAGCCUUUUAGCGGCCGAAGGGGGGUGGGCCAGGGGGGUACCGGGUUUGGUUUGGGACAAGGUCUCAGGGUACGUACUCCCAGUACUUGAGUAGCCAUACGAGUACAGUAUCCUACCUCAGGCAGCACGUACCCUGCGGGCAGCAGCCUUCAGCCACGUCGUUAGAGAUUCAAGCAGUGACGACAGCAUACCAUUCACAUACAGAACCACGACCCAACCUCACCACAUCAAUACUUGGUCUCUACAACAGAACGAAACUUCAAGCCCCGUCGCAUCCUACCACAAUCUACACGAGAAUUCCACAAUGGCACAAGAUCCUCGUGCGCUUCUGCAAAAGGUUUCCAAUGACCCCUCCUUCCCCUCCACGCCGAUACGACCCUGCUAACAGUAUGCUAGGCAGAGAAGGCGGUCGCUGGCGCAAGUGGUGGAUUCAGUCUAUUCGGUGGAAAGCAGGAGAAAUGGGAGAAUGCUGCCGAGUUCUAUAACCAAGCUGCGAAUGCAUUUCGCAUGCAGAAGCAAAGUAAAUUCCCCUCUACGAGUAUGUAAGCCUUGAUUCUAAUAUACUGCUUCAAUAGACAAGGAGGCCGGUCAAGCAUUCGAGAAAGCCGCAAACAUUCAAACUACCAAACUCAACGAACCAGAUGAUGCUGCAAAUACCCUGACCGAGGCUUUCAAGGUAUACAAAAAGACAGACCCUCUGGACGCUGCACGAUGUCUCGAUAUCGCCAUUCAGCACUACACACUCAAGGGAAACUUUAGAAGAGCAGCUACACACAAACAAAACCUGGCGGAGUUGUAUGAGAUGGAGUUGGGCGAUGCGAAGAAGGCCAUCGAGAGCUACGAGACAGCGGCAGGAUGGUUCGAGGCCGACAAUGCCGAGGCGUAUGUUGAACUCCGUCCUGAUGACCAUGUAUGCUAACAAGAUAUCAGAUUGUCGAAUAAAUUAUACCUGAAAGUCGCCGAUAUUGCUGCUCUCGAAAAUGAUUACCACAAGGCUAUCGAAUACUUCGAGAAGGUUGCUGCAUCAUCCGUUUCAAACAACCUCAUGAAAUGGUCAGUCAAGGAUUAUUUCCUCAAGGCGGGAUUAUGCCAUCUUGCAAAUGGCGAUCAAGUCACAACGAACAGAGCUCUUGAGAAGUAUCGGGACAUGGAUCCUACAUUCCCAAGUACCAGAGAACAUCAACUUUUGGUUGAUCUUUACGAAGCGGUAGAGGCUGGUGAUCAGGAGGCAUUUGCAGAUAAGCUCUUCCAGUAUGACCAAAUGAGCAAGUUGGACAAGUGGAAGACGACUAUUUUAUUGAAGAUUAAGAAUGCUAUUGAAGCAAAGGAAGAUGAUUUCUCUUAG